GAGCGCACAACGUAACAAUGGAAACUUUUCGAAUUUUUCUGAAAUUCUCGUCGAUUUCGACAAAGAACGUCCUAAGCUCCUUCUUCCGGUAUCAUUCAAAGAAGAUUUUAUGAAAAAAAAAACAAAGUUUGUAAUGUUCUACGCUCACGAUCAACCUUUGACUUCAACGGAUUGCCAUCACAUACACAAAAUUCUCCUGGCACAUUAUCAACGAUUCAUUCAAGUCUACCGUCAACUCGUAGACAGCUAAAAGCUGUAAAGUUUAAUACAUAAUACUUGAGCCGCAUAAGCUUCACUACUUCUUCAAUGCCCACCAAAAACCUUCGAGAGAUCGAGCCCAAACGCAAGGGACGAGCCCCAAGCGCAAGUGCAAGUGAGUCUGAUUCUAGUUCAGAUGACGGCAAACAAACAGACCCUGUUGGCUCCGGCGGCUCAUCGCUUGAAGGCUCUCACGCAACUCUGAUGAUGUGGAUAGGACUCCUUCUGCUGAUUUUGUUUCUGAAUUGGGCAUAUAUGAUACCCUAUAUGACCCGAUGGGUCCAUCAUGAGAAACUACUCAGAAGUGGUUACAAUGUCAAACUCAUCACCCCAAGUUGUGUAUCUGCAAUUCCGUUGUUAUACAAGGAUAUCACGUACAACGCAACCAAAAAGGAAGGAGACAUAUUUCGGGGACGAUUGGAUACAUUUCCAGGCAACACGCUUUUGACUUUCAACAGGUACAUUAAUGAGAUGCCAGACUACCCGCAAGGCCGCCAAUUCCCGAAACUAUUUGAGGAUGUACAAGCUGAUGCUGACGAGAUAUAUCAUGAAUAUAUGGCAUAUUAUGAUCUGGUUCGCCGACACACGGAAGAUGCAAUGCUACUCACAAAUGCCGUGAUAGAGGAUUUGAACGAACUUAUUUCUGAUGUUGGACUCGUCAAAACUUCAAAUUUCAAAAAACGGAUAAUCAACCGCUUCUAUUGGAGAUAUCUUUCCAAGAAGCCGAUAAGAUCAAGACUGAUUAGACAAAUAUUCAUUGAAUAUCUGAAAGGGUUACAAAAAGGAUAUGUGCUACCGCAGUCAAAUUCCCAUCUGAAAAAAUCCGUGGGGUUACAUGAAGUCAUCGAGACAGGCAAUGAAUUGUUGCCCAAGUUUGAAGAGGUCAAAGAUGCAAGUCGAGCGCUACGAUUCACUGUAGAGUUUGGCAUUUACAAAGUCUUGACAGAUCAGAAUUUGACAAAUCCUGCAUUUGUACCUCGCUCAGAGAUUUUAAGAAUGCUUCCAUUUAUUACACGCUCAAACAGCAGAGCUGGAAGAGGACAUGACAAUGAUACAAUCGGUUAUAUGACCUAUUGGCUCGAUAAUGAAUUUGCGGCCGGUGAAAAUGUGCGUGAAGUGGAGAUGCCCAACUCAGUCCGCCAAUUUCAGCAAGCACUAGUCGACAUUACGAAACAGGUUUCAGAACUCGUUUAUGAUUUUUCGGAUGAGAAGAAUGGAAUUCAGGAGCUUUCAUCGACUGUAUGUUACAUUGAUAAAUUAGAAAAAGCACUCAGAGAUCUGGCCUUUCAUCAUAACUUCGAUUCAAUAUUCCCAGGUCACCCAAAUCGUCCGAGAGCAAUUUGGAAGGUUCAUAAAUGUAUUUGGGAACGAGAAAAUAGGGGAUCCUUGAAAGAAACGACUCAUUGUGGCAAGCUUGAGGCGUUGAUAAAGGAAAAGGUGUAUUGAAUCUUUUGUAGAUUUCUGAGUAUAAGUUUGAAUUGGAUUUCUAGAUGAGGUCAUGAUUUCGAACGUAUCUGGAGGAUUGAAGUCUUUGUAUGGGUGGUUUAUUCUAUUUGCCCGAUUUCUUGCUUUUUUCAUUCAACAGAGUAAUAUUUCAAUUAUUUGUUUAUUUCAGACAAGGGUUUGCAUCUACUUAUUAGUUCAUCAAAUAUCGAUACCUAGUCAAACUUUCUCCGUAAAUUGGUGCCACGUAAUAUUGAGCCCCA